AGUGCCAACUUCUCGAGUUGCAAAGUAAAGAAUGUACCCCAUUGACGGACUGACGAAAUGUUUUUUUCAUGUACGAGAAGCGUACUUUAACAAUAUUAUUAUUAAGAACACUCUAAAUUUAGUGUCGUGUUAUAAAAAAAACUGAAUAAAAUCAGCUUCAUCAUCAUUAUGCUGGAAUCAAUGUUAAAUGCAGCCGAAUUUUAAUCUACUCUACUAUGAAACAAAAAUUGCGGCAAUUGUUUAAAUGUUACUGUGACUUAGAUUUCAUACCGAAGGAAAACAUUUGAACAGAAAAUAUGCGUGGAUAAAAAUGACAAAUGAAUUUGGUGUUGAUAUGCUGGAUUUUGCCAGCAAUUGACAGAGCGAUAAUAAACUGCUGCAAAAGCAGCGCGAGAGAGAUGAAUAAAACAGAUUUAAAGUACAUGAAACAUUGAAUGUAAUUUAGUCAAAAUUGUGAUUUGUCUUUAUCGAACGGUUGGUUUGGGAUUUUGCGCCAACUUUGGAAUUGAAUUCAAUGCCGAGCGAGACCGAUAUUCAACGUACACAGUGUAUUUAGAGUGAGUGGUGGAAGCGGAAAAAUGACAUUGGCUAUAAAUUAUUGAAAUAAAAUAUGUAUGGUUGGACAUUGUCGCAAAUUUCUCCAUCUCAUUUAUAAAUUAUGAUGAGCAAUUACAACCACUGAAUUGUUGGGGAAUCCAACGAAAUACCAUUAUGGUUGAUAUUGAUGGGCGUGCGCGCGUGUAUGAGUGCGGGGCACAUUGUUAUGUGAAGUUUAUAUGCCACGAGUAAAACAUCUCUCAACACAAACAACACGCAUACAGACACACAGAAUAGAGAAACAAUCACAGCUUGGCAAUCCUUUACGCACACAGUCCCUACCAUUUGGCAAUGCAAAAUAUGCUCAUUUUUGACUGCGAUUCGGAUAUAAUUUAUAUGAUGAAAUAUAAACUAUAGCAUUUUAUCUGCGCACCAAGAAUUACGAGAGCGAAUUGUUGUUGCGAUGGAAAAUGCCAUUGCGUUGUGCAUGCGGUAAAUGUACUUUAAACAACGCAUUCAAUCCGAUUCGAAAUAAAAUUAGCGGCCGAAAAGAACAAGAAAGUAAAUAUAGCGCGAACAACAAGACCCCAAAAAACGAGACAAACACGCCACCACCACCAACGAUAACAACAACAACAGCAACAUCAGCAACAACAAAAUAUGAAGAACGAUAGAAGAGAUUCACAGUACGGUUUUGUCGCAGACGAUAACACCGUUUGUAUGCUCAACGAAAAUAAAUGAGAAAAUAAAUAACCAGCAGGUCGUUUAUCAAGCGGUGAAUGUGCAACGGCCAUAGCAACACUCUCUGCUCAACGGAGAAAAUCAAAGUAAAUAAUCGCAUCGCUUCGAAACGAAAUGCGAAAACAUAAAUAAUAAACAAUAAUGUAAAUUGGACAAUAUUUUUUAUUUUCUUCAGUUUGAGUGAUAAUUUAAGUGAUUGAAGAAUCACAACAUGUGCACAAAAAAAACAGAAGAAAGAUGAAAAAAAAGUGUGACGAUGCGAUAUAUUGGCCAGUCGAUUUGAGUAUAAAUAUGAGGGGAUUUGAGAUGGAAAGUCAGUCAACAACAUGAAGACAAUCAUAAGUGUUCUGUUUGUUAGCGUCCUAGCGGGAUCAUACGCCUUCACCGGCGGUCGAACCGACUUCAAACCCGGCACAGCGGAGAUUCUUCAGAAGCAAAAAGUUAUCUACGAAUUAUUGCAACACCCAUACCAACCCGGAGUCUCAAUCUAUAAACCAGAAUAUUUGAACAUCGUACAAUCAUUCGACUUUGAACACUACUACGAACAUUUCAAUAAUGUGGAUGCCGUCAAGGAAUUCUACUACUUCUACAAGAAAGGAUUGAUUCCAUACAACGAAUUGUUCUCAAUUUACAACGAGAAACAUAGUCGUCAGGCCAUCGCUCUGUUCCAUGUGUUCUACUAUGCUAAAGACUGGGACACCUUCUACAAGACUGUACUCUGGGCCCGAUACAAUGUAAACCCAGGACUCUUCGUUUACUCAUUGCACGUUGCCAUUAUCCACCGUCAAGACUUUGCCGGAUUGCAAGUUCCGGCCAUCUAUGAGAUAUUCCCACACUACUUCUUCAGCUUUGAUGUCCUCCAACGCGCUCAAAUGAUGAAACAACAAGGAUUCCGUGGAGUCAAGAAAGUCGAUGGAACCUACAACCUGGUUAUCCAAGCCAACUACAGCGGCCAUGAUACAUACUCGUAUCCAGACCAACGUAUUUCCUACUUCACCGAAGAUAUUGGCUUGAACGCAUACUACUAUUAUUUCCAAAUUGAUUACCCGUACUGGAUGGGAGGCAAAGAAUACAAUCUGUACAAGGAUCGUCGUGGUGAAUACUACUUGUUCUUCCAGCAACAAUUGUUGGCCCGUUACUAUUUGGAACGUUUGUCAUACGAUAUGGGACCAGUCAAGGAAUUCACAUGGUGGUCACCAAUCGCAGCCUACUACCCCAACAUUCGCUCGUACUAUGGCUAUCCAUUCUUGUCUCGUGAACAUGGUCAUGUUAUUUACCAAGAAGGCAACCGUUUCACCGUCGAUUUUAUCAAUGCCUACGAACAACGUUUGCUCCAAGCCAUCGAUUCGGGUCUCUUCUUGAUGAGCAACGGUUCAUACUACAACUUCUCAUAUCCAGGCGGUGUUGAAUACUUGGGCAACGCUCUCCAAGGUAAUCCAGACAGCUUGAACUAUAAAUACUACAACUACAUGUACUACGUUUACAAGACAUUCGGCAAGUACUUUGGCAAAAGUCAUCACUUCCAAGGAACGAUCUAUCCAUCCGCAUUGGCUCAUCCGGAAACUAGAUUGAGAGACCCAGCCUACUGGAUGUUCAUGAAACGCGUCUUCAUGUUCUACUCCAAAUACAUGCACCAUAUGCGUCCAUACACUUUUAAGGAACUCACUUUCGACGGUGUUCGCGUUGAUUCAGUUGAGGUUGACAAAUUGAUCACAUACUUUGACUACUUCGAUGCUGAUAUCUCGAAUGCUGUUGACAUUGAAUACCCGCAAGAUUACACUGAACAUGCCUCCGAGCUCAGACAAUUUGGUCGAGCUUCACACUACCGCGGCGAAGACUAUGUCAUCAAGGCACGUCAAUGGCGUUUGAACCAUGUUCCAUUCAAAGUGAGCAUUAAUGUUGCUUCAAAUGUUGCCGCUCCAUCGGUUGUUCGCAUCUACUUGGGUCCAAAAUACGAUGAAUCCGGCCACAAGUUGAGUGUCAACGAAAACCGUUACAACUUCUUCCUUUUGGAUAUGUUUAAAUACGACUUGACUGCCGGAAACAAUGUGAUCACCCGCGAAUCACGCAACUUCUUCAAUCAGGUUCAUGACCGUACCACAUACUAUGAACUCUACAAAUAUCUUAUGUUGGCUGUCGGUGGUCAUGAGUACCGUUUGGACAAUACUCAAGCACACAACGGAUUCCCCAACCGCUUGUUGUUGCCAAAGGGUAAGAAGGGCGGGCAAGUCUACCAAUUGUUCGUUUACGUCUCACCAUACUAUCCACCACAAGUGCCACAAUACAGCACCUUUGAUCCAAUCAUCAGCACUGGCAUCGGAUCUGGCUCCCGUUACAUCGACACCUUGCCAUUCUACUACCCAUUGGAUCGUUACAUCGAUGAAUACUACUGGUACACACCAAACAUGUACUACUACGAUGUCACCAUCUACCACAAGACCGAAAGUGAAAUCAACGCCGCCUAAGCUGUGACCGUGCCUAUUUGCCAUGAUCACACUCGGUUUCAUCGAAUCGAAGCAUACACACACAAUGACAUGAUGAACGAGAUAAUUAAAUCUUGACUUUAUUUUUUAGAGCAAAAAAAUGCCUCUCCCUUUUCUGUUACUUCUGUUAAAUUUGUAAUUUAAAUUUCAUUGAAUCAAAAUAAAUCCAGAGCAAGUGUUCGUUCUUAACGACAAA